AUGGAGAGUCGCUCAGGUAGCAUAAAGGACCCGAUGUAUUAUCCGGAAAAUGAUGGCACGUCGAGUGGUGGCGGCGAACAAGACAAGAGUCAACGCAGCUCGCUCGGCAGCCAGGAGAUCAGCCUAGAUGACAACAAUGCGCUCAAGGUACCUCGCAAAUUUAUCACUAACUGGCGGCAGGCGUGCGAUCGUACACGAGAUCGAACCAAGGACCUUCUGAAAAGAUGGAGAACAACCAGCAGCAACAUCGACGAGCUCGCCGUCGCCCCCGUCGUCGCCUCCGAACUGGAACAACCCGGUUGGAGCGUGCACGUCUGGACGACCUGGGUGAGCCGCUUUCCGAGUGACGACAGUUUAUCCGCCAUUGAAUUCAGUAAAAGUGGGGGUUCGGAGGCCUUAGCUCCCAUUCAACGUGAUAAAUUUUCUCAUUUUUUUACAUACCUCUUAGAUCAUGAUAAAGAUGGUUACAUCAAUAGGAAGGACUUUUCGUUAUUCUCCGAGCGUUUGAGAAGAUUUGCUGAUUGGUCAUGGAAUGGUCCGGAGUACCUAAGGCUUCUGGAAAUCGAAAACGGAUUCGCCGGAUUGGUCCUUCAGGAUAAGAAAGGGCUCGCAGAAAUGGAUAAAAAAAUCGAUCUCGAGGCCUGGUUAUCCUGGUGGGCGCAGAUCGUUGCACCGCCGGACGGUGCUAGUUACAAUGAUAUGCCGUUCUGGAUCAAAGUUAUGCCCAGAGUAUUUUUCCUCGCCAUAAAUAGCUCCGGAAGUGGAAUGAUCAGCAAAAAAGAACUUGCGGCCUUUUAUGGUUCCGUGGUCGGUUUGGACACCGACAGGAUAAACAAAUGUCUGGAUAUCGCGUACAAUUCUAUGACUUCGAAUGGAGACCAUCCUCUUGGCUGGGCGCAAUAUCAGUUAAUAUUUGCCAAUUUCUUGUUUGGCCGCGGCCCGUUUGGACCGGGAGAGCAUUUCUUGGGCAUGACGGAUGCUUGCAUGAUUCGCGGUAAUACCAUACCAUUCCCCAUCGAUUAUUCCGCGAUGAACACACCGCGGGACAAAUUAGAAGUGUACACACCUCAUUGCAAAAGCAACAGACGAAGUGUCGUAGUCUAACGAUGAAGUCAUCGUAACAGAGUUCCUCUUAAUUAGUGAUGCAAAGCAUGCACAAUCGUCCCUCGAGUGCCUAAUACUGCAUGUUGUGUGCCGUAUAUGUUUGAUACAAAUUUAUUUUAGUUAAUUAACUUGAUAGAACUUGAUAGAAAAAAAUUGAAGGAAAUUAUAUUGUCCAUCUUGCACAAGUAUAUGUACAAAAAGCUCGAUUAACUGUUAAGAACAUAAUUAGUGGUAUCACCUAAUACACUAUACACUGCCAUUUACCUUAUGGGAACAUCAUCAUGGAAAAAGCAGAUCAAGUGGUUCAACAAAGCUAUAACUUGCUACACGAGUUUAACAUUUAUAUCCUUACAGCACAAAGUUGCAUAAAAGUGGCAUCAACACUGCUGCAAUAUCGCAUGUUGUUCAACAUUACAUGUUGAAGCAAUAGUGCAGAGAUUUUGCAGCGAUAUUGCUACAAAUUCUAUGCUGUAUGGGUAAUGGAAGAAAUUUUUUUCAUCACAGACAAAAGAACGACACGUUAUCUUAGUUA